AUGUUAGCUGUGCACCUUGUGGGCGUAGAUAUUCAGACGUGGUUAAUUAAAGAGUUCACAAGUACCCUCAAGUCGCCUAAGGCAUACCAGUAUGUACCGUCAAUACUUCCUUUGCUUAAUCCAUCCCUCAUCAGAAAGUGGUCUAGCGUACUCAAAUGUGAGCCCGGGUUUAUCAAAGAAUCUUUUGAAUCCAUUCAGAAAGAAGCCAUGCAAUGUCCAGAGAAGAAAGACUGCUGUAUAAUCAUUGAUGUGAUGUCCACAAGAAAACAAACAUUGUGGGAUGCCAAGCAGGACAAAUAUGUGGGCUUUGUGGAUUAUGGCACAAUACCAACUGAGAAAUCCGAUACUCUAAUUGCAUCCAAAGCAGUUGUAUUCCUACUCGUGGGUGCACGUAUAGUCAUUGGAAGUGUCCAGUUGGAUACUUUCUUGCUGACAAAAUGUCAUCCAAAACCCAAGCACAGCUGGUUAGAAUUUCAACUAAAAUGGCUGCAGAGGCUGGUCUUCGAGUAUGAUCAGUAA